ACAAAAUCUGGAAUUGCCCUGCUGUAUAACAAGGAGACCAGUAACACUUAUGAUGUCCGUCUAAAGCUGACAAAAGAGGUGUUAACCAUACAGAAGCUGGAUGUGGUUUGUACGAGAGGGGGUGACCCACAAUUCAAUGUAAGUACUUAGGCUUUACCUUGACAUUAGGGGGGUGGGCGCAAAAAGUGGGUUUGCCCAUAUUUGGCUUAACCAGGCACACAUAACUAACACUUUAAACUCAAACUGGUAUUUGUGUGCAAAUAUAUUUGUGCUCCUGUUACUCAGCGUUCAUUGAAGGUGACCUGAAGUGACUUCAGUUCCGUUCACAUUAAUACCUAUCCCUGAUGAUGACGAGACCUCAGCUGGCUCAAGCUUUUCACAUCCUGACACUGAUGUGUAUAGCUUACGAUAGCUUUAGUUAGAUAUAAUGGGCAUAUGAAAGAUGUGAUUCACAUUUAGGUUUAGUAUAGUAGCUUUAGUUUAUAUGCUUCGUGUCGUACCUGCUAAAAAAGUCACAACCCACGCCCUCUUGUGUACAAUUGUUUUAAUAUAUUGCAUUGAAAGUCUCUAAAAUGACUCUAUAAGAAGCAGGGGCGGAUUGGCCGUCUGGCAAUUCUGGCAAAUGCCAGAUGGGCUGGACAAUUUUUUCGUUGGGUCUGUUAACAUGUUUUAUAAAUAUGUAUCUGUUCUACUAAUCUAUAAUGAGCCUUUGGCUGAACCGUGGCAAGAUGGAUCUUCCCGGGUUUUCUGAUAGGCUGAGCUGAGGUCAUUCAAGUACGUACAUAAGCUAUAUGGAAUUGUUUUAAGAAGGUCAUACUAAGGAUUUAGCUAUUUGGUUCAGAAUUUUAAGACCCCUUGAAGUAUCCAAGAAAUAUAUAGCAAUUAUUUGAUUAAACACUAUUUUGGGCCUUACUACUAUUAGCCUAUUCAAAGGCAUUUAGUAACAGAUUCACUACAUAGAACAACAGAUAGUACCCCAUAAAAAUCCAAAGGAAGUUUGUUCUGAGAGUGUCUGUGCUAUCUGAGAGAUAUAAGAAAGAUGAGGAAACCAAUGUUUUUGUGUUUUCUUCUUCUUCACGUAUUUAACCCCUUAUAUUUGGCAUUAAACAGUGUCCAUAUACUGGGCAUUCGGGAAGUAUUCAGACCCCUUCCCUUAUUCCACUUUUGUUACAGCCUUAUUCUAAAAUGAAUUAAAGCGCUCUGGAGGUCAUUGAAAACAUUGAAGGUCCCCAUGAACACAGUGGCCUCCACCAUUCUUAAAUGGAAGUAGAGCUGGCCGCACUGCUAAACUGAGCAAUCGGGGGAGAAGGGCCUUGGUCAGGGAGGUGACCAAGAACCCGAUGGUCACUCUGACAGAGCUCCAGAGUUCCUCUGUGGAGAUGGGAGAACCUUCCAGAAGGACAGCCAUCUCUCCAGCACUCCACCAAUCAGGCCUUUAUGGUAGAGUGGCCAGACGGAAGCCACUCCUCAGUAAAAGGCACAUGACAGCUCCCUUGGAGUUUCCCAAAAGGCACCUAAAGGACUCUCAGACCAUGAGAAACAAGAUUCUCUGGUCUGAUGAAACCAAGAUUGAACUCUUUGGCCUGAAUGCCAAGCGUUACGUCUGGAGAAAACCUGGCACCAUCCCUACGGUGAAGCAUGGGGGUGGCAGCAUCAUGCUGUGGGGAUGUUUUUCAGCGGCAGGGACUGGGAGACUAGUCAGGAUCGAGGGAAAGAUGAACGGAGCAAAGUACAGAGAGAACCUUGAGCGCUCAGGACCUCUGUCACGAUCGUCGGGAACAGAGGACCCAGGCGCAGCGUUGCAGGCAAACAUACUCUUUAUUUAGCGAUAUUCCGACAACAUAAACAUAAACGAUAACGUGACAGUUCACGGUCUAACACAAACCAACUAGAAACAAGAUCCCACAACAACUGUGGGAAAACAGCCUGUAUAAAUAUGGUUCCCAAUCAGAGACAACCAGCACCAGCUGACACUCGUUGCCUCUGAUUGGGAACCAAUCUGGCCAACAUAGAAAUGCACCUACUAGAUAAACAAAUGAAACGCACACCCUGGCUCAACAUACAAGUGUCCCCAGAGCCAGGGCGUGACAACCUCAGACUGGGGCCAAGGUUCACCUUCCAACAGGACAACGACCCUAAGCACACAGACAAGACAACACAGGAGUGGCUUCGGGACAAAUAUCUGAAUUUCCUUGAGUGGCCCAGCCAGAGCCCGAACUUGAACACGAUCAAACUUUUCUGGAGAGACCUGAAAAUAGCUGUGCAGCGACGCUCCCCAUCCAACCUGACAGAGCUUGAGAGGAUCUGCAGAGAGGAAUGGGAGAAUGAAGAUGUGCUUCUAGCAUCACAAAUAUUUAAGGCUGUGAUCGCUGCCAAAGGUGCUUCAACGAUUUUUUUAUUUAAUCAAUUUUAGAAUAAGGCUGUAAUGUAACAAAAUGUGGAAAAAGGGAAGGGGUCUGAAUACUUUCCGGAUGCACUGUAUAUUUAUACACUACCAGUCAAAAGUUUGGACACACCUACUCAUUCAAGGGUUUUUCUUUAUUUGUACUAUUUAUUACAUUGUAGAAUAAUAGUGAAGACAUCAAAAUAUGAAAUGGCACAUAUGGAAUCAUGUAGUAACCAAAAAAGUGUUAAACAAAUAUAUUUUAUAUUUGAGAUUCUUCAAAUAGCCACCCUUUGCUUUGAUGACAGCUUUGCACAGUCUUGGCAUUCUCUCAACCAGCUUCAUGGGUUAUUUUAAGAAUUAGUUUAACAGUUUUUUGGUCACUACAUGAUUCCAUAUGUGUUAUUUCAUAGUUUUGAUGUCUUCACUAUUAUUCUACAAUGAAUGAGUAGGUGUUUCCAAACUUUUGACUGGUAGUGUAGAUGUACACUACCAAUCAAUAGUUUGGGGUCACUUAGAAAUGUCCUUGUUUUCUAAAGAAAAGCCAUUUUUUUGUCCAUUAAAAUGACAUCAAAUUGAUCAGAGAUACAGUGUAGACAUUGUUAAUGUUGUAAAUGGCUAUUGCAGCUGGAAACGGCAGAUUUUCUAUGGAAUAUCUACAUAGGCGUACAGAGGCCCAUUAUUUUGCUAUAUUUCCUAUUCAAACUCAUUUCAUGUAUGUUUUCAUGGAAAUCAAGGACAUUUCUAAGUGACCCCAAACUUUUGAACGGUAGUGUAUGUAAUUCAUAACUAUUGUACAAAAAAAAAAUCUGGAAAUUCUGGAAGUCCUAUUUUGACAGUAAAAUAUAGCAACCAUGAACCCACAAUUCAUGACAAUCACUGUAUAAGUUUGCAACAUCAAAAUAUCUUGAAUCAUGCAUUUCUGCUUGGAUGUUAGAUGAAACAAGUUGUUUCUUGAAUACCUCAGUAUUCUAUUUAUUACACGUCUUAAAGUUGGAUUCGUACGAAUUGGAUUUGUAACAUAUCAUAUCAUUUAUCAUAUUUUUUUGCAGGACGUAACAUAUCAUACGAAAUUGAUGACAUAGUACACAAUUGGAUGUAAAAGUUAUUGGAACCAGUGACGCCGUGUAAUAGUAAUUAAAGGGAUACUUUGUGAGUUUGACAACGAGGCCCUUUAUCUACUUCCACAGAGUCAGAUGAACUCGUGGAUACCAUUUUGUAUGUCUCUGUGUCCAGUAUGAAGGAAGUUAGAGGUAGUUUUGCCAGCCAAUGCUAACUAGCGUUAGCACAAUGACUGGAAGUAUAUGGGUAUCUACUAGCAUUCUAAACUACUGCUAACUUCCUUGAUACUGGACACAAAGACAUAAAAAUGGUAUCCGGUGGGAGUUGGCGGCGUGCGCAGUGUUGUGGGCUGGUGUGGAUAAAGUGCCAGGGCCAAAUUCUUGUCCCAGUCCGCCCCUGAUAAGAAGUUGUUACUGCCUUCUUUAUGUUUUUCUAUGGAGGCAUGCUGUAUCUUUCAAUAUUAUGGUUUUGAUAGUAAAGGCUAUCACCUGGAAGAUUAGCACAACAGUGUUACACUCCAACCUUGUUUCAACAUUUCUAUAUUAUUUUACCAAGGUCAAUUCCCAUUUUUUAAAGCACAGAACUGUCGUACUCCGAAGACAGGCAGCUGGAGGUCUGGGUCUAAGCAUCAAAGUAAGUGUUACAUUUUCAUCAAUACAAAUAUAAAGGCUACUGAAUCCAUGUCAGUCAUACAUGUAAUAGAUGAGGAGGUUCCUGUGUCUGCUAGAUCAAGGUACAAUUCUCUGUGGAAUGAAACGUUGAUGAUCUGCUUGGUUGUUUGGUGCAUAAAAGCUGAAAUAUUUUCCCUAGGUUUAUAUAAAUCUUACACUUUUGUGAUUAAUAAUUACCUUUCUCUUGUAACUCUCAGGGAGGCGCUGAGCAUAAAGUGCCUGUGGUCAUUUCAAAGAUGUUUAAAGAUCAAGUAGGUAAGUAUUGAAUGUUUCUCCCAGUGAUGUGGACUGAAACAUCUGCCAGUGAUGUGGACUGA